AUGGGAUUCUAUCGCUCCCUUCUGAUCCGCAGCGCUACGAACAGCACCAAAUUCUCAAAGUCUGCCUCCUCUUCAGCUUUCUCACACAAUUCCAGACCUUUCGAUUCUUCCAAUUUUUCGUCUUCUGGUUGGUUUUGCAACUGGAGGAGAUCGCUCUGUCAUGGCGAUGGCAAUGUCUCUUCAAAGUCAGGUGAGUCGUCGUCGUCGUCAAUAUCGUCGGCAUCGUAUCACUUGAGCGGUGGGCCUUCUUAUAUGCGCGGAGCUGUGUUUUGGGAACCAAAUAAGCCUCUAACUUUCGAGGAUUUCCACAUGCCUCGCCCCAAAGCCGGUGAAGUUCUCAUCAAAACCAAGGCCUGUGGGGUUUGCCACUCUGACCUUCAUGUAAUGAAAGGUGAACUUCCAUUUGCUAGUCCUUGUGUCGUGGGGCAUGAGAUCACUGGUGAGGUGGUUGAACAUGGGCCACUCACUGACAGCAGAACCAUUGAAAGGUUUCCUGUUGGAGCUCAUGUUGUUGGAGCUUUUAUAAUGCCUUGCGGUAGCUGUUUCUUUUGCACUAAGGGUCAAGAUGAUUUGUGUGAGGCUUUCUUUGCUUAUAAUCGAGCGAAAGGCACACUUUAUGACGGUGAAACACGGUUGUUUCUUCGCAGCAGUGGUAAUUAA